AUGCAAAGACUAUUUGCUGCGAGGUCUCAAUGCUCCGCAAUUUUCAAAAAUCGGAGAAAGUGUGCUUCUUUUUCUACCGCUUUACUCUUCGAUGAUACUCAGAUUCAGUUUAAAGAAAGUGUUUCUCAGUUUGCACAAGAACACAUUGCCCCUCAUGCGUCAAAAAUAGACCACACAAAUUAUUUCCCUCAAGAGGUGAACUUAUGGAAACUCAUGGGAGAUUUUAAUCUUCAUGGAAUUACUGCACCAGAGGAAUAUGGAGGGCUUGGUCUUGGUUACUUGUAUCACUGUAUAGCUAUGGAAGAAAUAAGUCGUGCUUCUGGGUCUGUUGGUCUCUCAUAUGGUGCUCAUUCUAACCUGUGCAUCAAUCAAUUGGUGAGGCAUGGAAACCCUACUCAGAAACAGAAGUAUUUGCCAAAGCUUAUCAGUGGCGAGCAUGUGGGGGCUCUUGCAAUGAGUGAACCCAAUUCUGGUUCUGACGUUGUUAGCAUGAAGUGCAAGGCUGAUCGUGUAGAUGGGGGUUAUGUCUUAAAUGGGAACAAGAUGUGGUGUACCAACGGCCCAGUUGCUCAAACAUUGGUUGUUUAUGCAAAAACAGACAUAACGGCGGGCUCAAAAGGAAUUACAGCAUUCAUCAUCGAGAAAGGAACACCCGGGUUCAGUACUGCUCAGAAGUUGGACAAACUCGGCAUGCGAGGAAGUGAUACAUGUGAACUUGUCUUUGAGAAUUGCUUUGUUCCAGAAGAAAAUGUUCUUGGGCAGGAAGGAAAAGGUGUCUAUGUCAUGAUGUCCGGAUUGGAUUUGGAGAGGCUUGUUUUAGCAGCUGGACCCCUGGGCAUUAUGCAGGCAUGUAUGGAUGUUAUCCUUCCUUAUGUUCGACAGAGAGAGCAGUUUGGCCGUCCAAUUGGAGAGUUUCAGCUUAUACAGGGGAAAAUUGCUGACAUGUAUACUUCUUUGCAAUCAUCAAGGUCCUAUGUGUAUUCUGUUGCAAGGGAGUGUGACAAUGGAAAAGUUGACUCAAAGGAUUGUGCUGGAGUUAUACUCUGUACGGCUGAAAGAGCCACACAGGUAGCUUUGCAGGCUAUACAAUGCUUAGGCGGUAAUGGUUAUGUAAAUGAGUACUCAACCGGUCGUUUCCUUCGAGAUGCCAAACUAUAUGAGAUUGGAGCAGGGACUAGUGAGAUCAGAAGGAUGAUAAUUGGUCGUGCGCUAUUUAAGGAGCAGUGA